GUGAAGUCGAAUAGGAGAAAAGCAAAAUAAAUAAAAACAAAAUAAAGAUAUGCACAAAAAGCCAUAUACCUCUGCAAGCAAAAAGCAGUCCCAGUUCAACAUCUUUAAAGGUUGUAAAAGAAGAAAAUCUCCGAUCCAAUUUAGGCAACCAUAACUCUAUGUAGUUUUCUCACUUGCACAAAUCCAUCAUUUCUGUAAUUUCCGUUUUCUCUUUUCACCAUGCCAUCUCGUGAACUGCGUUCACUACCACCGCCACCGCUGCAGCUGUCGCCGGCUGUUCACCGUCAGAGCCACAAUCUAUUGCCACCACUUGCCGGAGGAAUAGCCGCUGCCGCCUCCCUCCUUAUUCUCUUCACUUUCUGCUUCCGGAAAAUCAGCCUGAAGAGAACCGUACCCUCUUCCGAUUCCGAGUCAAAACCUCCCCAUCGAUUCUCAUACAACUCACUACGCCGCGCUACUUCUAACUUCUCUCCAUUGCUUCGGUUAGGCCAAGGCGGGUUUGGGCCAGUCUACAGAGGAACUGUCAAAAGCCCGAGUUCCAACUCCAAUGUCUCUGUUGCCGUUAAAGUUAUGGACUCAGGGUCCUUACAAGGCGAGCGUGAAUUCCAAAACGAGCUAUUUUUCGCUGGAAAAAUCGAUUCGAAAUAUAUUGUGUCAACUAUCGGUUUCUCGUCUGACAAAAGAGGCCGUCGUAUGUUGCUGGUUUAUGAGCUUUUGGUUAACCGGAGUUUACAGGACUGUCUUUUGCAUCGCAAGUGUAGUGAAUUGAAGGAUUGGAAAAAGAGAUUGUCGAUUGCUAUUGAUAUAGCUAAAGGGUUAGAGUAUUUGCAUCAUUAUUGUGACCCACCAACGAUUCACGGUGAUAUAAAGCCUAGUAAUAUUCUAUUGGAUGAUAAUUUCAAUGCAAAGAUCGGUGAUUUUGGAUUGGCAAGGUUGAAAGUAGAGGAUCACGUUGAGAUUGAAGUGAGAAAGGAGAGUCCUUUGGGAGGACUGGGGACUGAGGAUAAUGGGUCGGUGGCUGAGGAUACAGAGAGUGUGAUUACUGUUAAUGGUGUAGAUGAGUUUCACAGAGGAGUUGAGCAGUCGCCGGAGAGUUUUGUUAAACUCGAGGCGUCGCCGGAGACGGUUGUUACUGGGGUGGAAUUGUCACCUGAGGCCCCUGUGGUAUCUCCAAGAACGGUGGCAGCUAUGGCGUCUCCAUCUGAGGGUCUAGAAAAAACGAGUCUUUCCGAGGGUAAUUUUGAUCGGUCAAGUAUAGACAGUGGGAUUGAAAUUGGUCAUAAGAAGAGUGGGGUGAAGAAGAAGAGGAGUAUUACAGGGAAAGACUGGUGGUGGAAGCAAGAUACUGGUGGGACAGAUUCAGGAGUGGUGAAAGAUUAUGUAAUGGAAUGGAUUGGAAAUGAGAUCAAGAAGGAGAGGCCGAAGACGGAGUGGAUUGGGGCUUCGUCGAGUUCAGGACCAGUAGGAAAAACAGAAAAGAAGAAACAUAGGAAGCGAUUAGAUUGGUGGGUUUCUUUAGAUGAUGAAAAAAAUGUGAAGAAGGAGAAGAGGAGACCUGCAAGGGAGUGGUGGAAGGAGGAGUAUUGUGAGGAGCUUGCUAGGAAGAAAAAGAAAAAGAAGAAGCAACAGGGUGGAAUAGGUUCAGUUAGUGAUGAUUGUCAUAGUGAGUCUUGGUGGCCGAGGGAUGAUGAAUUGUAUAGUGCUAAGAAGAAGAAAAGGAGCAGGAGCAGGAGCAGUAAAAGUAGCAUGGAUUGGUGGUUGGAUGGAUUUAGUAGUGAGCUUCGGAGAGCUCGUAAGAACAGUUAUGAUUCUGCUAGUGGGGAGAUACCUAAAAGUGGUGGCAUUAGUAGCACACCAAGCAUGAGAGGAACUGUAUGUUAUGUUGCACCAGAAUAUGGUAGCUGUGGGGAUCUAUCUGAAAAGUGUGAUGUUUAUAGCUAUGGAGUGCUUUUGUUAGUUCUUAUUGCUGGGCGCAGGCCACUUCAGGUGACAGGAUCACCCAUGUCCGAAUUCCAGCGUGCUAAUCUUCUCUCUUGGGCACGUCACCUUGCCCGAGCAGGGAAGCUCCUUGACCUGGUUGACCAGUCUGUUGAAUCAUUAGACAAAGAACAAGCAUUACUCUGCAUCACUGUUGCCUUGCUCUGCCUACAGAAGUCACCUGCCUGCCGACCAUCAAUGAAAGAAGUAGUGGGGAUGCUUUCUGGGGAUUUAGAAGCUCCCCAGUUACCAGUUGAGCUUUCACCCUCACCCCCCUCCCGGUUCCCAUUCAAGUCCCACAAGAGGGUCCGGUGAGCUUAAAUCAGGUUUCAAUUCUGUACAAAACAGAAGUUUAUGUUGUUGCAAUUUCUUGUUUAUGUGGAUGACUUAUGAUGUAAAGAAGAGAAGGAAACAAAGAAUUAACAUUUUUAAUGGAUUUUAUGUUACAUGUUC